AUGGCUGCGAUUAUGCGGACAAGCGCUAUCCUACUAUUAGCAUUGUUCGUGGUGGGCACAGAUGCCCUCUCCCGACCGAGGCAUAGACCUAUUGGACGGAGCUAUGUCAAGAGGACCGAGGUUCAGCGCAAUGGUCCGCUCGUCGAUCUCAACGGGACCGAGUUACCACCUCUCAAUACUACAUAUUUCUUCGAUCAGUUGAUUGACCACGAUAACCCAAGCCUGGGGACGUUCAAACAGCGGUACUGGCAUACAUGGGAGUUCUAUGAAACUGGCGGGCCGAUUAUCCUGACUACGCCUGGAGAGGGGAAUGCUGAAGGAUCUGAAGAUUUUCUGGUGAACUCUACGAUAGACGGCAUGAUCGCUCAGGAGCUAAGCGGGGCAACGAUCGUAUUGGAGCACCGAUACUAUGGCUUGUCAAAUCCAUACAACAACCUGUCUGUCGCGAGUCUCCAAUACCAUACGAUACAACAAGCAAUAGACGACCUCGCGUACUUCGCGUACAAUGUCAAACUGCCUAUGCCUGGGGGCGACAAUGUCACGCCGGACGUGGCGCCGUGGAUUCUCAUCGGGGGAAGCUACGCCGGCGCACUUACGAGCUUUACAAAAGUCAACAAACCUGACGUGUUCUACGCUGCAUGGUCCUCUUCGGGGGUCGUCGAGAGUAUUGUCAACUACUGGGGGUAUUUCGACAUUAUCCGGAAGCAUAUGCCACAGAACUGCUCGUCCGACGUACAGGCUGUGAUUGGGCACAUCGAUGAUGUCUUCACGUCCGGAAACGAUACUGCCAUCACUGUGAUCAAGGAUCUUUUCAACAUGAGCCUUACGCAUCUUGACGACUUUGCUAGUGCACUGCAAAAUCCAAUUUGGGAAUGGCAAGGCCUCCAGCCGUCAUCUGACCUUUCGGACUCGCUGUUCUUCCCCUUCUGCGACGCACUAGAAGUGAAGGAUAACCAAACUGCACCGCCCGAAGGCUGGGGGCUUGAAAAUGCGCUGAACGCGUGGGCAGGAUUCUGGCAAGAGACAUACUAUCCUUACUUCUGCGGCGAUGAGGAUGCUGAAACAUGUUUCGGAACAUACAAUGCAAGCUCGGCGUACUACACCGACCUUGCUGUCAACAAUGCUGAUCGCUCGUGGAAUUGGAUCGUCUGUAAUCAAAUGGGCUUCAACCAGGAUGGGGCUCCUGAUGGUGUGCCUACCAUUGUGUCUCGCUUGAUCCAGCCUGACUACUGGGAGCGCCAAUGCGUGCUCAUGUUCCCAGAAGCAUUCAGCUCCCCGCCGACACCGAGGGUGAACGAGACAAAUGCUGCAUACCAGGGCUGGUUUGUAAAGUCUGAUCGGCUGUUCUUCGCGAACGGAGAGAGGGACCCUUGGCGUGAUGUGACCAUCUCUGCUGACGGGACGGACUUCAAGAGCACCAGCACGCAGCCCAUUGUGAUGGGCGAUGGCUUCCACUGCUCGGACAUGUUUGCCCCGAACGGGGAGGUUGACUCGACGAUUGCUGCCGUUCAAGCGCAGGGCUUGGCCACAAUGAAGUCUUGGCUGGAGACAUGGGAGCCGCCAACUCGUCGAUAG